AUGUAUCAAGAAAUUCUGGACCAUAUCGAUUUUUCUCAAACAUCUUUUUGGAUUUCUUUCGCUUCCAUAACUUUUAAUCCACUCUUUUGGAAUAUUGCCGCGAGAAAAGAACAUAAAACGAGAGUAAUAUCUCGUUUCGUUGGUGGAAAUCCUUAUGUUGGUUGUUAUUGUUUAGCAUUAAUGAUUUUUUCUCUUGGAAUUUUUAGGGAUUUCUUAUACAAAAAAGCAAUCGAAGAUCAACCAACCUUUCCUUCUUUAAAUAAUGAUUAUUCAAAAGGGUUAGCUUUGGUCUUAUUCUUUACUGGAAAUAUUUUUGUAUUAUCAUCAAUGUACGUGUUAGGUGUUACGGGAACCUAUCUUGGUGAUUAUUUUGGAAUUUUAAUGAGUGAAAGAGUUACAUCUUUUCCUUUUAAUGUUCUUGAAAAUCCCAUGUACUAUGGCUCUUCAAUGGUAUUUUUAUCUACUGCUUUAUGGUAUGCUAGUCCUGCCGGGAUGCUUUUGACUAUCUGGGCUUUUGUACUUUACUUAAUUGCACUAAAAUAUGAAGGACCAUUCACUUCGAUGAUUUACGCACAACAUGAAGAGAAAGUUAAACAACGAAAAAAAGAGUAG